GCGAAGUUCGAAGUAUCUUUGGCGGCCAAGCAUGCAGCGCAGCGCCCCGACCCAUGGGCCCAUGCCGGCGGUCCCAGAGGUCCCGGUAGAGACGGCGACGCCGCCCACCAGCGCGCGCCGACGGGGCACGACCAUUCUCAAUGCGCUCUCUCUGGACGACGAGAGCAGCAAGGACGGGCGGGUGCUCUCGGGCGUGAGCGCGCGCCGCCUCUCUCGGUUUGACGGUGGCGGCCGCCGACAGAGCAAGGUCAACGAAGCGUUUUUAGAGGGCGGGCAUAGCGUGUCUGGUCGCCGCUCGUCGCGCCUCGACAUCAAUGCGUCGUACGACAAGGGCAGCGACAUUGACGUGGAGGCGCAGCGGCUCCAGAAGGCCGAGCUGCGCGUACUGCACGAAGAGUACGCGACGCUGCAAGAGAACCAGAUUCGGCUUGCGGUCAAGCGAGAUGCGACGGCCGCGGACCUCGAGCGUACGCAAGCGAACUUCAACAGCACGACCAAGCACUUGGCGCAACUCCACACGCUGCUGGAUAAGAACAAAGCGCUUCAGUCGACGCAGGAAGCCAAGCACAGCAUGCUCGAGACAGACUUUGCGUCGGUGACCGUGCACGUGGAUACAGCGCGCAAGAACGAGCGCCAGCAUCUCCACGCGGCAAAGCUGAACGAAGUGCGCCUCCAGCGGACACUCGAAGAGCUCGACCAUGCAAAGAAGGAGCUUGACCAAGAGCGCUCGAAUCGCGGUGGCACCGCUGUGCCCCGGGCCGAGCACGACCGCGCGAUCCAGGAACUCCAGCACUUUGAGAAGCAAAAGGCCGAGCUUUUGGUUGCAUUCAAGCAGCAGAUGCAACUCAUCGACAUUCUCAAGCGCCAAAAGAUCCAUCUCGAGACGGCCAAGCUGCUCUCGUUUAUUGAAGACGAUUUCAGCCGAGCACUGCAGCACGAGGCAUGAGAGUGCCGCUUCUUAGAUAUAGUUGCGUGCCAGAACUUGAGCUUCGAGAUAUUCGGUGAUAAAGCCAAAGCCCUUUGUAUGCAGGGCCUCGAGCUCAAUCUUGAGAGGGUGCUUUGUCC